UUACAUUUCCACCAGAUAUGGCUCCUCCCGCAUCACUGACGCGACAUGCUUGAUUAGUGUAACCAGCAGCGAAUAUUGAACCGCGACCUCGUUUUGAGAAAGUUUGUGGAGCACAAGUGAGUUAACGGGGUCUACACUCUCCGUCCGACCGACCAGAAAACAUGUUCACUGAAAUCAGAGAUCAAACCGACGGAUUUUUUAAAGAGAAAAAUGUACUCACAGAUCUCUUGGGAAAGCUGGAGGACAAAACUGGAAUUCAGAAACAAUAUAUAGCUUUGGGUUUAGUGGCAUUUCUUGCACUGUACUUAUUGUUUGGAUAUGGUGCAUCUCUGCUUUGCAACUUGAUCGGUUUUGUCUACCCAGCUUAUUUUUCAAUUAAAGCAAUUGAAAGCAAUAACAAAGAUGACGAUACCAAGUGGCUGAUCUACUGGGUGGUUUAUGGACUCUUCAGUGUGUCAGAGUUCUUCUCAGACAUCUUUCUCUUCUGGUUUCCGUUUUAUUAUGCUGGAAAGUGUGUCUUUCUGCUGUGGUGCAUGGCUCCAGUAUCCUGGAAUGGGUCGCAGAUCAUCUAUGGACGUUUGGUACGACCUUUUUUCCUUAAGCAUGAAGCGAGAAUGGACAGCAUGGUCAAAGAUCUGACCGGCAAGGCCAAAAGUGCAGCAGAAUCGGCUACAAAAGAAGGCAAGUAUGCCAAGCCUGGGAGUAACUCUUUAAACCAGCAACUUGCUGCAACACACGUUCUAAAAAAAUUGGGGAUUCAGAUCACCUUUAUUACACCACUUGUUGUAGCACUCCGUAAAUGUGUGAUUGUUUGUAAUUUUAAUAGCAUAUGUUUUGGCUGAUGUGCAGACACCGCUCUUCUUCAACCCUGGGUUAAUAAGUAUUUAUCUGCCUUUUUUUUUGGUAAAAACGUUGACUUGAUGCCUCUGCUGGACUGACUGAAUGACAACAUGACAUAUAGACCAUCUGGCCAUUAAUAUAUUUUUGGAGGAGGUUCAUUUUGGGAAGAUGCAUGAAGUGUUAUUUCACUGAACUGUAAUGUUUGGAAAGUAGUUUUGGGUCACAUGUGGCUUCAAGGACAAUCAGAUGGUUAAGAUCAGGACCAUGUUUGAUGUACAUACAUUUUAAAAAAAAUCUGUCAGACUGUUUAUCUGACUGUAUGUCUCUGUCUUU